CCAAAAACCUUAAAACCUCCGUACGACUCCAUCUUUUCCCGUGGUCUCCGUACGGACGCCAUUGCAGAGCAGAGAAGAGAAAGCCCAAAGAGCUUCUUCCCCACCUUUUUCCCGCCAAAAAGGGCAUACGGAAGGUCGCCUCACACUCUCUCAGUGAUAAAGCUUCACACCUUUCUGAGCUCUACCCACUUCCAUUUCCUUCCAUCCCAUUUCAUCCCUCUCUCUCUGUCUCUGCUUUUCCUCUGAAACAGAUCGAUCGAACCCUAAAACGAAAAAGGGGUUCCUUUCCAAUCCCAUGGCGAGGCGGACCCGUCAGCCGCAGUGGGAAAAGGAGGACGGUGAGGCCCAGCAGAAUAUCGGGACCCAGGUGGAGACGGAGGACGGGAAAGUGGCGGAGGUUCACCAGAACGCGGGAUUGAAGGAGGAAGCGGCGUCGGAGAACAAUGGCGGCCCCGCAGGGGAUGCGGAUCUGAACUUGAUCAAGGCGAGGCUGAGGAAGACGGCUGAUAAGAAGGUGAGCUACAAUGAGGAUGUGGUUUAUGGAGAAGUCAAGGAGGGCAAGCCGGGCAAGAGGAAACGGGGACGGAAGCCGAAGCUAAAAUCAGAGGCGGCGGCUAAAGAGGAGGAAGCAGGAGCUUUGGCUGGAGAAGUCGAGGAGGGCAAGCCGGGCAAGAGGAAACGGGGACGGAAGCCGAAGCUAAAAUCAGAGGCGGCGGCUAAAGAGGAGGAAGCAGGAGCUUUGGCUGGAGAAGUCGAGGAGGGCAAGCCGGGCAAGAGGAAACGGGGACGAAAGCCGAAGCUGAAAUCAGAGGCGGCGGCUAAGGAGGAGGAAGCAGGAGCUUUGGCUGGAGAAGUCGAGGAGGGCCAGCCGGGCAAGAGGAAACGGGGACGAAAGCCGAAGCUGAAAUCAGAGGCGGCGGCUAAGGAGGAGGAAGCAGGAGCUUUGGCUGGAGAAGUCGAGGAGGGCCAGCCGGGCAAGAGGAAACGGGGACGAAAGCCGAAGCUGAAAUCAGAGGCGGCGGCUAAGAAGGAGGAAGCAGGAGCUUUGGCUGGAGAAGUCGAGGAGGGCAAGCUGGGCAAGAGGAAACGGGGACGAAAGCCGAAGCUGAAAUCAGAGGCGGCGGCUAAGGAGGAAGAAGCAGGAGCUUUGGCUGAGCAGCGGGUGGAUGGUGGGGAGAAGAAGAAGAUGAGGAAGCGCACGAGCAAGAGCAGCGAGGGGAACGGGGCCGCUGCUGUAAGUGAAGAGAGCGACAGUGGUGGUGGCAAUGAGAAUGGAGGCGAGGGCUUGACGGGUCGGUAUGAGAAAUGGGAUCCCAAGUGGUACCACGGGAAAGGCCGGAUGUGUCAUCAAUGCCAGCGGAGUGAUAAAGAGCGCGUUGUCAAGUGCAAAUGCGAGAAGAAUUACUGUGUUCCGUGCGUCGUAACCUGGUACCCUCAUUUAAAGGAGGAGGACUUUGAGAAGCUUUGUCCAUUUUGUCAAGGAAACUGCAAUUGCAAAGGUUGCUUGCGCACAGAUAUAUUAUCAAAGGAUAAUAAAAAUCAGAAGCUGAAUAUCAACCAAGAAGAAACUCAUCAACACUAUAAAUACGUGCUCCAUUUACUACUGCCGUUCCUGAAACAGUUCAAUGACGAGCAAAUGCUGGAGAAGGACAUAGAGGCAAAGAGACAAGGUCUUACACUUAAUAUGCUAAAUAUAAAACAGACCCAAUGUGAUCCAGACGAGCGUCUAUACUGUGAUAGCUGCAGAACAUCUAUUAUUGAUUACCACAGGAGCUGUCCAAACUGUUCAUUUGAUCUCUGCCUCACUUGUUGUCGUGAGAUUCGCGAUGGAUGUCUGCAAGCUGGUUUAGAGGAGACACAUGUGGACUACAUUUGCAGAGGAUUUAAGUAUUGUCAUGGCAUAGAAAAGAAAGUGGAAGGGGUUGAAUCAGGUGGAGAGCAGCCUAAGAUUUCUACAAGAGCAACUAGUACUCCUGCAGCUGUGGAGUCUCAUAUUGAGUGGAAAGCCUUAGAAGAUGGAAGAAUUCCUUGCCCUCCAAAGGAUAUUGGUGGCUGUGGCAACAGCUUCCUAGAACUGGAGCGUAUAUUGGAGGAGAGUUUCAUUUCAUCUUUGGUAGAGAAAGCUGAAGAGGUCACCAACAAACACAGGCUUGAAGAUUCAGUUCAGGCUAUGAAAAGAUGUCCGUGUCAUGAUUCAGUGGAGAGAGGCAAAUUGGGACAGGACAUUCUACGUAAGGCGGCAUCUAGAGGUGAUUCUGAUGACAAUUAUUUGUAUUGUCCGAGGGCUAGAGAUGUCAAAGCUGAGGAUUUAUUCCAUUUCCGAUUCCACUGGAUGCAAGGUGAGCCUGUGAUCGUGAGUGAUGUUCUUGAGAUGACUUCUGGACUCAGCUGGGAUCCUAUGGUGAUGUGGCGUGCGCUUCGUCAGAUAUCACAUAAGAAGCACGGUGAACAUAAGGAAGUGAAGGCACUUGAUUGUCUGGAUUGGUGCGAGGGAGAGAUCAAUAUACACCAGUUCUUUGCGGGAUAUACUAAUGGCCGACUCGAUACAGAAGGUUGGCCUCAGAUCUUGAAAUUAAAGGAUUGGCCACCUUCUCAUUUAUUCCACGAGCGCCUCCCUCGUCAUGGAGCUGAGUUUAUCUCUUGCUUGCCGUUUAAAGAGUAUACAAAUCCCAACAAUGGUCCUCUCAACAUUUCUGUGAAUUUGCCUGAGGAUUCCCUGAAACCAGAUAUGGGGCCAAAAACAUACAUUGCAUACGGAGUUGCUCCUGAGCUUGGGCGUGCAGAUUCUGUUACCAAGCUUCAUUGUGAUAUGUCUGAUGCGGUCAAUGUUCUUACACAUACCGCUGAGGUGAAACUAACAAGCGUACAGCUAGAGAAGAUAGAAAAAUUAAAAGAGAAGCAUCGCAAGCAAGACCAGAGAGAGGGUGUGGAGAUUAGCCAUGACACAAAUGGAAAAGCAGAUGGUAGCUCACAGAAUGAUGUAGAUGAGCUGGAUUUUACCGAAGGAGGCGCAGUUUGGGAUAUUUACAGAAGAGAAGAUGUCCCUAAGCUUCGGGAUUAUCUUAGAAAGCAUUUUAGGGAGUUCAGGCACACUUAUUGCUGCCAACUUCCUGAGGUGAUAGACCCAAUACAUGAUCAGACCUUUUUUCUGUCCAAGGAGCACAAGAAGAAGCUAAAGGAGGAAUUUGGAAUAGAACCCUGGACAUUCAUUCAGAAACUUGGGGAUGCAGUCUUUAUUCCUGCUGGCUGUCCUCAUCAAGUUCGGAAUGUGAAGUCGUGCAUCAAAGUGGCCCUUGACUUUGUUGCACCUGAGAAUGUCGGCGAGUGUAUCCGCUUGACUAAGGAGUUCCGCGUGCUCCCCAGAAAUCACAGAGCAAAGGAGGACAAGUUGGAGGUUAAGAAAAUGAUGGUUUAUACUGUGAACAGCGUUGUAAAUGCACUGGAGGGUAAGGGCGGCAAGGCUAGGCCUGCUGCAAACGGACGGACAAAUGGGAAAGCUGUUGGCAAGAAAAGGAAGACUGUUGGCAGGAAAAGGAAAGCUGCUGGGGACACCUCUGCAGAAAGCUAAGACUAGGAAUUACUUUCCACUUUGAGGACUGAAUUGUCUUUUGUAGGCUACUUCUUAGGAGCUCGAAUCUCAUUUUGCUAACUACGGGCACUCGGACUCACUACAUUGCUUAGAAGCUCGAAUCUCAUUUUGUGACCUCUUCAGUGUUUGGUUUGAUGAUAUCUGCUGCACGUAGUAGAUCUUUUGUAAAGACUUUGAUGGUUAGGUUAAGGAGGAAGUUGAAGUGGCCAUUUUGGGGAUGUUUGAUGGGUCACGGUGGCUUUGUAAAUAUUGACAAUUCCACAAACCUUACAUGUAGGUAUGACAUUAUCUGCGGUUUGCAUAUCUUUCGGUAAGUUUUUGUAUCACGUUUUGGCAAUACUAGCCCAGUAGAAUUUGUUGGAA